AUGAGCGGUGAAGAUCUAAUACUAUCCUUGUACAACGUUUGUAAACGAUUAAAUGAUAUUAUUAAUGUCUAUCCUCGAUAUCAGUUUCUAGAAACGAAUUCAACAAUCACUUCGAUGAGUUUUAUGCAUAAUCGAAUUGGUUCAGAAGGAGCAAAGUAUUUGGCUACAAUCUUAGAAACAAAUACAGCAAUAACCGAACUAUACUUUUCACAUGAAAAUAUUGGUGAAGACGGUGCGAAACAUCUUGCUAAUGUAUUAAAAUCGAAUACGACAUUAACCAAUCUAACACUUGAAAGUGAUAAUAUUGGAUCAAAAGGAGCAUAUAAUUUAGCACAAGCAUUACGAAUAAACAGAACACUGACUGAUCUUAAUCUCGAACGCAAUAGAAUUGGUAAUACAGGCGCACGACAUUUUGCUCGUGCGUUGAAUCAAAAUACGACAUUGACUUCACUCAACUUUUCAAGGAAGAAUCUAGACGCACAAAAAUUCCAACAAUUGGUUAAGUUUCUAGGAACAAAUGCAACAAUCACUUCAAUGAGUUUUAUGCAUAAUCGAAUUGGUUCACAAGGAGCAAAGUAUUUGGCUAUAAUCUUAGAAAGAAAUACAGCAAUAACCACUCUAUACUUUUCACAUGAAAAUAUUGGUGAAGAUGGUGUGAAACAUCUUGCUAAUGUAUUAAAAACGAAUAUGACAUUAACCAAUCUAACUCUUGAAGAUGAUAAUAUCGGAUCAAGAGGAGCCUAUAGUUUAGCACAAGCAUUACGAAUAAACAUGACACUGACUGAUCUUAAUCUUGAACGCAAUAGAAUUGGUAAUACAGGUGCACGACAUUUUGCUCGUGCGUUGAAUCAAAAUACGACACUUACUAUACUCAACAUAACUAACAAUGAUAUAGAUGAUCACUUGGAAGAGAGAUUAUUUGAUAAAUUCAAUAGAUCAUAUCAGAGAGUUUAUAGUUCCAAUGAUUAA